GCAAUGCAAAGAGAUGUAUAUCUGCUUCGAGCCCUCAUACGAGCAGGCGUCAAUGUAAACCUGUCAGAUUAUGCAGGUUGGACAGCUCUGCAUGAAGCAAGUGCGAGAGGUUUUCAUGAAGCUGUAGAGUUACUGUUAUCAGCUGGAGCAGAUGUAGAUUGUAAAGGCUUGAACGGUGUGACACCUCUACAGGAUGCAGUGAAAAGUGGACACUUUGAGGUGGUCAGAUUGCUGCUACAGCAUGGAGCUGAUCCCUUUGAAAGGAAUGAAUUAGGGGAAUGUGCAUUUCAAGAAACAAUGGAAAUCCAAAUGAAGAGACUAAUCAGAAGCUGUCUACAGCGAAGAGCAGCUUCUGCCAAAGUUGGAGGUAACAGCAAAAUUUCAAAAAGUGCUGGUUUUAAAAAUACAAUGGACAGUAAAAAGCUUGAGGAGAGCAGGAAUUCUAAAAUGGCUGCGAUGAAUGACAGAAUCCCGACCCGGAAGAGAAAAACAGAAAGCACACAUCAAGCAGAAAGUCAUGUCCAGUCCAACAAAAAGACCCAAAAUACAAUAGCUACCAAUAAUGUAAUUGAAAAUCGGGCGAAGUCUGUGGAUGAGAGCAGGAAUUCUAAAAUGGCUGUGAUGAGUGACAGAAUCCUGACCCUGAAGAGAAAAACAGAAAGCACACAUCAAGUAGAGGGUCACGUCAUGUUUGAGAAACAGAGCCAAAAUACAGUAGCUACCAAUAAUGUAAUUGAAAAUCAGGCGAAGUCUGUGGAUGUGAGACAGUCUCAGAGAAAUGUUAUUACGCGUCACAUGUUGAAAUUACAGUCUCAGCUUGGUAAUCAUCCAGGACAACAGAUAAUACAAUGUAACCCUUUAAAUAGGAAAUCUCAAGCUGCAGACAGAGAUGAAAUUCAGACUGCACCUUCCACAGUAGCAAUAAAGGAGACUAAGAUCGAUCCUAAUAGUUGCACAUCUGGCACUGUUGUAGUUCCUGACUGUCCAACUGAAGCUCAGAUAGCAGUGAGACAAUCUACAAGGAUCAGAAGUUCAAUGUGUGGACUUUCCGGCCAAACUGAGAAAAUGUCAACUGAAUCUGAACAACCCAGUGUUGACAACCCCCAACAAAAUGUAGUAACAGUUAAACCCUGUGUGGCCGUGAGUAAGAAUAGAUCAAAAGCUACUCUGAACUAUCACGAAAGGAUAAGAGCAGAAGAAGGAACAAACCAAGAGAGCAGGAAUUCUAAAAUGGCUACGAUGAAUGACAGAAUCCUGACCCUGAAGAGAAAAACAGAAAGCACACAUCAAGCAGAAAGCCAUGUCCAGUCCAACAAACAGACCCAAAAUACAGUAGCUGCCACUAAUGUAAUUGAAAAUCAGGCGAAGUCUGUGGAUGUGAGACAGUCUCAGAUAAAUGUUACCACACGUCACAUGUUGAAAUUACAGUCUCAGCUUGCUGGUCAUUCAGAACAACAGAUAAUACAAUGUAACCCUUUAAAUAGCCAAUCUGAAGCUCCAAACAGAGAUGAAAUUCAGACCGUAGCUUCCUCUGUAGCUGUGAAGGAGACUAAGAUCGAUCCUAAUAGUUGCACAUCUGGCACUGUUGUAGUUCCUGAUGGCCCAACUGAAGCUCAGAUAGCAGUGAGACGAUCUACAAGGAUCAGAAAUUCAGUGUGUGGCCUUUCUGGUGAAAUUGAGAAAACAUCAACUGAAUCUGAACAACCUAGUGCUGAAAACCCCCAACAACAUAUAGUAACAGUUAAACCCUGUGUCGCUGUGAGUAAAAAUCGAAUGAUCGCUACUGUGAACCAUUGUGAAAGGAUUGAGGAACUCACUGCAAAUCAACUGACUUCCCCAAAUAUGGAAGCUAAGUCAACUGAGAAAUUUUGCACAGUCAACAUGUUACAAAGUGUGAUCAACAAAUCCAAUACCAACAACACAACAAAUGACAAAUUAGUUACAAUAGAAACGCUGGAUGCAAGCAACAGCAGUGUGCCAGCAGCACACGUGAAAAAAUCUUCAAAUCAUUCACAACAGUCACCACCAAAAACACAAAGCAAAGAUGAUUUGAUGAACGUAAAAACCAGUUAUAAUGAUAAUGUGGAAAUGGUUCCAAAACCCCUUAUUCAAGGAGACACAGAAAACAACAUUGAUGAAAACACCAUCAAUCAUACAAUUACAUUGGAAACCAGGAAAGAUGAUUUUUAUGAUGUUGGUUCCACAGAAGUCUCUUAUUCUGCUGGACACAUGUCACGCGUGGAAUAUUGUAGAUCUACUGAGCUGAGUACGAUGGGUGUUGAAUUCCAAAAAGGCUGUCCAACAUCCAGUAUUAUUACACCAACCUCUCAUUCUCACACUCCAAAAUUAAGUGCGCUGAACAAGAGAAAUGGCAAGGGAGAGACUCGCUUACAUCUUGCUGCGAUAAAGGGGGAUUUAACUUCUGUAAGAUCUCUAAUCUCAGCUGGAAUCCAUAUAAAUAUCAAGGACAAUGCAGGUUGGACAGCCCUUCAUGAAGCUUGUAGCAGAGGCCUUACUGAUGUCAUACAAGAAUUACUGAAAGCUGGUGCUGAUGUCAACAGCCAAGGAAUGAAUGGGGUGUUACCAUUGCAUGAUGCUGUGAGCGGGUCUCAUUAUGAGGCUGUGAAACUCCUAUUACAGUAUGGAGCUGAUCCUAAACAGAAGAGUGCAGCUGGAAGGAGUGCUUUUGAUGAACUUGCUGAUGAUAAGAUUAAAGAUCUACUUGAGACUUACUGUAAUGGUGAGGCGACAGUUCAUGAACAAUCACAACCAAUUAUAGAUCAACAAAAUGUAGAGUACCGGGAGGAAGAGGAGCUGACAGAAAGCAUCACAGGAGAUCAAACCGUGCCACACCACCUAACUGCACAUAUGCCUCAGGAUGAGCUAGUCGGGUCUGCAGUGAGAGGCUCAUCUGUUCCUUCAAAUGACAACUGCGCCUCUUGUGAUGAUAAGGAAACGCCACCACCUCUACACAAUACAAAGGACUUAGAAAGUCCACCCAAUUAUAUUUUACAGCAUGAGUCAAUUACAAUGACAUUGAAUGAAAUAGAAAUGAAGGAAGAAAGAAUGAUGAAAUGUAAAUUCACAGAGCAUAAAAAUGCAGCUCAGUUUGAGUUGGAGUUGUCCCAGAUACAGAAGGUUUUAAAUGAAGUACUUACAAAACAUAAGGCUGAAAAGGAAGAUCUUGUGAAAAAAGUUAGGAUAUCUCCCGGAUCAUUCAGACAGGACACACUACAGAAACAACUAACAGCUCUAGUCUCUCGGCAAAGGAGAUUUCUAAAUCUGCUACGGAAAAGAAAAGCAUUAGAUCAGAAGCUGCGCAAUUACAAAUUAAAACAACAGCAAUUGCAGCAAAAUAAUACUGUAAACCCGACCAAAAGUUUGGCUUGUACUAUUGAGAGCACCAUCCGGACAGAUACUUGCUCAAAUGAAGGACAGGUUUUGAAUCAAAGUGAGGAACUGAGUGCUAAUUCUGCUAAUGAAACCUCUCAAGAAACAUACAUACCUCGUCCAUCUUCCAACCCAGAAUUCAUGCAAAAACAGAUUUGUUUGAAUCAGGGUGAGAUAGGUAUUGCUGCCAAUCAGAAUACAGAUAAAAGAGAUAUUCUGCAAGUAAAGACCACGCAGGUUACGCAGAGCAUUCAAAAUAACAACCUGAUGAGUGUUUCCACUCUGUCUGGAAAACAGAAGGAUUCAGAACCUCUACCAGAGGAUAAAGGAAGUGGACACAGAAGGCAGCUACACUUAAUAGACCUAAUCAGUGAUGGAUUGAUUCAGCCAGGAGAAGAUGUCCUGGAAGUCAAACUGCAGAAGUACUAUCCACAUAUCAUUGAUGGCUAUAUUACUGAACCAGAUAAAAACCAACCAUUCUUCAACUCAAAUAAUAGACACACUCCGACAUCUCCAAACGGAGUGUCAAAGCAAAAUGAAACUGUCUGCAAUACUUCAUUCGCAACAUAUGGAAAACAAGCGCAGAAACAUGCUGACUGCUUCAAGGCUAGCUUCACUGUGAUGGAUGAAACUAAGAACUAA